UUUAUUCAAAGCCCACAGACAUGUCACGAAGCGAGUCGCCAUAUCACGAUAGCGUCCUACGAUCCACCUACUUCGAUGCACGUCGUUAUUCGAUACUUGUUCGUCGCUGCUGUUACUCCCCCCACACCGUCUCAGCUGCUCAAUUCCUCCGCAGUGACUGUGUAUAUCAUUUCUGCGAAGGUCAUGAUGCUACACAGCAUGCUGCGUUCGGGGAAGCUGCACACAUCGCCAUGACUCUUCGACUGCACGAGGAGGCCGCUUACGAAGGCAUGGACCCAAUUGAAUCCGAGGUCAGGCGGCGUGUGUUCUGGCUCUUGUUCGGAGGUACAUCGUUUUUCUGCGGUGGCUGGCUAGCUUUGCUCAUCGUUGCAGCCGACAAGUCCAUGUCCAUCCUACUCGGCAGGCCGAUCUCUUUGCGAGACGAAGAUUGCACAGUGCAUUUCCCCAAAGAACUGGACGAUGAAUACAUCACUCCGAGUGCUUAUCUCCCUCAACCGCAAGGCAAGACAGCCAUCGUCUCUGGGCUGAAUUACACGUCGAGAAUCUUCGCCUUGCUUGGUGAAAUUCUUGUCAGAAUCCGUGUCGACAAGCGAUCUCCUCCUCAAGGACAGUUUGCGACUGCGCGGCUCGAAGAAGUGCAGUCCUUGCAUGGUCGGAUCAUGUCGGCGUUAGCGCACUGCUCAGAGCCUCUCCGGCUGAAGCGUUCUUUUUCACACAACGUGCCAGCUGAAUAUGGCGGCGCUGGCUUCCGGCAAGCCACCUUUGCCGAAGUGAAGGACUUUUUCGAUAACCCUAAUGCCUCACGAGAGAACGCCCUGAAUCCCUUUCUUGUCGUCCAAGGAAACAUAUACGUGACCCAGCAACUAGUUCGCUUUGUCAUCGAGCAAUAUCGGGACGAGCUGAUAUUGUCCAUUCAUGGAAGCAUCGAUGAACAAAAAGUUGGCGAGGAUCGUGAAGCGGUCGCCAGCGACCUACUCAACAUUCUCCACAGCAUUCCCAUCCAGUCUAUCGCCACAAACGGACCGAGUCUGGUUCACAAAGUCCGCUUUGUCGCGUCCACAUUACUCGAUGCUGUGCGGAAGGCUGAGACGGCACCGGCCUCAGCUGCAAGAGCACAUGCUUACCUGUGGGACUUCCUUAGCAUUCUUUCCGAAAUCGAACGGAAUUAUCUCCUCGACGACGAUCGAGAUGCUGGCUCCUCAGGCGAUGGAAUGAGCAUGAUGACGUGAUUUCAGCGCUGCUUUCGUACACUUACUUAUCUAUCCCCCGCUAUAUCCCACCUUGUAUCGCGUGUUCAGUUUAUCGUGUAUUGCUAUUUAUAUCCACUGGAUUGUAUACUGUACCCAUAAUGUACGCUAAAUCAGCGUAGUUGCAUGCCAUGUCC